AUGGGCCAGAAGCUCGCGACGCCGCAGACCACCUGCGCCUUCAAAUCCGGCGCCUACGGCCUCGGCGUGCACACGACGAAAAACCAUGAAAAGCUCGCGACGAUCCGCCUCGCGACGAAGGACGACGCCGGCACGAUCCUGAAGCUCAUCACGGACCUCGCCAUCUAUGAGAAGGAGCCCGUGUCGACGGUGGAGGUCACGGAGGCCGAGCUCGUCCGCGACGGCUGGGGCCCGAGCCCGCUCUUCCGCGUCGUCCUCGCGGAGGUCGGCGGCGCGGCCGUCGGCUUCGCGCUGUUCUUCCACACCUACAGCACGUGGCAGGGCAAGUGCGUCUACCUCGAGGACUUGUACGUCGCCGAGGCCGCGCGCGGCGCGGGCGUCGGCACGCUGCUCCUGAAAACCGUCGCGGCCAUCGCGCACGGCGAGGGCUGCAAGCGGUUCAACUGGCAGGCGCUCGACUGGAACACGCCGGCCCUCGACUUCUACAAGGCGCUCGGCGCCGCGCGCAUGGACUCCUGGGUGAAUUUGCGCGUGGGCAAGGCCGAGCUCCCGCGGCUCCUCGGUCUGUCGUAA